CGCGAGCUGGCGGCGUGGGGGGCGGGCCCGGGCCGGGCCGGGGCGGGGAAGGAAGGUGGCGGCGGCCCGGCGCGGGGGGAGGGGGGCGCUGACCCGGAUGUUCACUCCUGGGCACCCGGGGAAGUGGAAGCGCCGGGCCCUACUGCGGGGGGGAGAGCCACUGACGCCGGGACCGGGACCGCCGCCGCCGCCGCCACCAUGAGUGAUCAGCAGCUGGACUGUGCCUUGGACCUAAUGAGGCGCCUGCCUCCCCAGCAAAUCGAGAAAAACCUCAGCGACCUGAUCGACCUGGUCCCCAGUCUAUGUGAGGAUCUCCUGUCUUCUGUUGACCAGCCACUGAAAAUUGCCAGAGACAAGGUGGUGGGAAAGGAUUACCUUUUGUGUGACUACAACAGAGAUGGGGACUCCUAUAGGUCACCAUGGAGUAACAAGUAUGACCCUCCCUUGGAGGAUGGGGCCAUGCCGUCGGCUCGGCUGAGAAAGCUGGAGGUGGAAGCCAACAAUGCCUUUGACCAGUAUCGAGACCUGUAUUUUGAAGGCGGCGUCUCAUCUGUCUACCUCUGGGAUCUGGAUCAUGGCUUUGCUGGAGUGAUCCUCAUAAAGAAGGCUGGAGAUGGAUCAAAGAAGAUCAAAGGCUGCUGGGAUUCCAUCCACGUGGUAGAAGUGCAGGAGAAAUCCAGCGGCCGCACUGCCCAUUACAAGUUGACCUCCACGGUGAUGCUGUGGCUGCAGACCAACAAAUCCGGCUCUGGCACCAUGAACCUCGGAGGCAGCCUUACCAGACAGAUGGAGAAAGAUGAAACUGUGGGUGACUGCUCCCCACACAUAGCCAACAUCGGGCGCCUGGUAGAGGACAUGGAAAAUAAAAUCAGAAGUACGCUGAACGAGAUCUACUUUGGAAAAACAAAGGAUAUCGUCAAUGGGCUGAGAUCUAUUGAUGCUAUCCCUGACAACCAAAAGUUUAAGCAGUUGCAGAGGGAGCUCUCUCAAGUGCUGACCCAGCGCCAGAUCUACAUCCAGCCUGAUAAUUAAGCCGAUCCAGGUACCCUGCCUGAGAGCCGCGAGACCCUCCCCACUAAAACAGGACUCACCAACCCGCCGAGACCCUGCCGGUCCGGCUGCUGCUGCGCGGCCAUUUAAAACACCACUAACCCCCACGUGUGCUCCCGGCCGGUGCGCAGCCACAUUCCCGUGUAGCCGCGGCCCCGUGUAACACGGCACCUAUCACGUGUGUGCGCUUUCCACUCUGGGCGGAGGUUGGGUGUGGGGAAGACGGCUGAUUUUUUGGCUUUUACUUCUGAAAAAGCCCAGGCCAAGGGACGGAUGCUGCCUCUCCAGCAGCAGCCCCUUGUGUGCACCGGCCUGACUCUCCCCAGGGCAGGGGUCUGCCUGCCGUCCACUCCCCAUGCUUCAGAGGAGCCUCUGAUGCUGGUGCAGGGAUCUCAGAAGCCAAAUAAGCCCCCUGCUUAGCGGCACAUUGGCUGUCCAGGGCUAGCUGGCUUGGAAGGGGUGACCUCACACUCUGAUCUCUGAGUCUCUGGGGUUGGAGGGCAGAGUCAGGGCUGGACUCCACCCAGGCCGGCCCCGAUGCUCUGCUGGAGCUGCCUGGACGCCCAGUGCAGACUCGGCCUCAACCAGCAUAACCUUCCGCCCCUAACGAGCUGCAGCUCUUCCUUUAAACAGGUUCCGCGGAUGGAAAGGAAAAUAGUCUUGCUUGUUGGUAAUGGCCAAGAACCAUGACUUGAGCUUGUGACAGAUCCAGAUGUAGGGAAGGAGGCAGCAUCCCUGGAGAGCAGGAGGGAAACUUGUCUGUAAAAGAAGGCAUUUGGAACCCUGCCAGCUGGGGCUGCAGAGUCCAGGUCCAGGGGCUCCACACUGAAGGCCCACCCCAGAAGGGGUGCAGCAGGCUUUCCAAGGUGGAGGUGGGGGUCAGGCACUUAGAAAACCAGGCGGAGCUGCUUUUCCGAGGCCAUGGGACUUAAGUGCACCAGUCUAGUCUGUGUGUGCCAACUUAAGGCCCAAGACUCCGGUCAGCCUCACAGUGGGGCCAUCAGACAUUUCCAUCGUGGCACUGAGAAAAAACCCUUUUGAAGGUACACUGUGGUGGUGCAGUUACCUGGCCGCCUACUGGGGGCGUCCUGGCGUAGAAACCCUGACAGCCAGGUCUGCUCAGGAAGACUCCGCCCUCCCACAGAGGCGAGCUCUGUCUCCAAGCGCUGAUUCCAGGGUGCUUGGCCGUGACCUUCCCAAGCUCUGUCCCUUAAAUGAGCCCCCUGCUCCUUCCGCCUUCCACCAUUUCACUUCUAACUUCCUGUGUCUAACUUGAUUCUGGCUCUGGAACUUUCUCCUUUGUGCAGCCCAGCCAAGACCUGAUGGGCUUGGCUCUUCCUUCCCAGAAGAGCCAGUGACCACCCAGGCUAGGGGUCUUGUGCGCUGCUGCUUUGCCCACCGCAUCUCCUGCUGGCCAUGUUGACCUCCCGCUGUGAGCUUGGCAAGAAGCCCCUGGGGAAUCGGCUGAGAUUUGGAGCCUGAGGGUCGUGAGGGCUGAUGCCUUUGGCCGCCGCAGAGCCAGGGACAGUCCUGGGAAGAUACUCAGAAACGUGUAGUUCCCCAGCAUGAACCAAAUGUCUGCGUUUCUCCUGGGAGUUUUUUCAGUUGUAUGCAGCUUGCUUCCAGGUCUUGUCUAUGGCACCUGCUGAGUAUUUUGAGGGCUCUUCCUGUGACUUGUAGGGAUUCAGUAGCCAGAACUCAAUCUGGGUGCUGUUGCUUCUCCUGGGCCCUGCUUCACUUCUAUUUACCCAUUUUUGCAUUUGGGGACUGAUUUUUCUGUUCUUCCUUCCCAUGGUUGGUGUGAAUCAAACGUGAGAGUCCAGCUGAGUGCACCCUCUGUAGCACUCUUGGGCAGCCCUCUACCCACUCUUUCCACUGCUUCUAAACUGUUAUAAAACCCACAUUUAGGAAGUCAUUGCCUAACCAAUAUGUUGGGUAAAUUUGACAAAAUGAUCAAAGAAUUGCUAGCGGGCAUUCCUCUGGGCCUCAGUUUCCGGAUCUGUAAAUUGGAUUGAUAGCUUUUUUUUUUUUUUAAAGCCUUGACUUUGCUCUUUUUUGUUGUUGUUGUAGAGAUGGGGUCUCACUGUGUUGCCCAGGCUGGUCUCGAACUCCUGGCCUUAAAUGAUCCUCCCGCCUUGGCCUUCCAAAGUGCUGGGAUUAUAGGCUUGAGCCACCACAUCUGGCUGGGUUGAUAGUUGAGACUACCCCAGGAUGCCCAUAAGAAUUAAAUGAGAUAAUAUAUGUGAAAGGCGUUUUGUAGACUAUGAAAUCUCCACAAGCCUUCAUUGUUUCUGGCUUUGUUGAUGAGUGUCCCCACACAUACGUGAAUGCAGUCACCUUGAACGUUUCCCCACAAAUCCAGAAUUUGACAGCAGGGAUCCCAGGGGCACUUGGCUCUCCUGUGCCGCCCUUUGCAGUCCAGGCUGAGGGGUUUUCUGGGCCAAGUUAACAGCGGGUGGUACCUCACAGCAGAGGCCUGAAGCACCUGCUGCGUGAGCCUUGAACACGGUGUGCUCAGAAACAGAGACACUGGUUCCUACCCACUCCCAGGGCUGGGAGAACGCUGCACCUUGCACUUGUGGGGUGAGGAAUGAGGCUCUCCUGCUGGGCAGGGCCUGGGCAAGGGGGAAGCUUUCCUAGAGGAACCCACAUGGCCCCAGAGCCCUCACGUCUUAGCCCCUGGCCUGAGUCCCCAGCCAGCAACCCAGGGUAGCUGUUCUGAAGCAGAGGGACUUUGUUCCAUUGUGCUUGGAAGCCCAGAAGCCACUUUGUGGCUUAGGGUGACAUGGGGAUCUACACACAGAGGAGUGAACUUAGGGUUCUAGUGACUAUGGCCGGGUCACCGGUGGCCAGGGGCAGAGAUGAGCACCUGUCCAUGUAAGCCAUAUGCCACCCCCACAGGGCCUGGCAAGGUGCAGAGGGUGCAGGUCUCGGCCAUGUGCCCCUUCACCCCUCUCUGAGAGGGGCAGAUGCCCAGCCCAGUGACCCAGAGCCUCACCCCAGGAGGUGGGUCCAUGCAGCAAACCAGCCAGGCACUGGCAUGGUGGCCCCCAGGCCCCCACCGCCUCACCAAUCCCUGUUCAAUCUGCUGAUAACGCCUUUC